AUGGAUGACGAAGCUAAUAAGAAGACCGCUCUACACAUUGCAGCCUCCAAAGGCCAUGUUAAUGUAAUGGAACAACUUAUUUCUCAUUGUCCUGAUUGUUGCGAAGUGGUCGACCAAAGACGUCGGAAUGCUCUUCAUUAUGCCUUGGAGAAGCAUAAACCUCUAAUUAUAGAAUUUGUUCUAAAGGAUACAUGGCUUAGAAACGUCGUCCUUUUAAAUGCCAAGGAUGUUGACGGCAACACACCCCUCCAUCUACUUAAUGCUCCUCUCAACCCCUGGAUUCCUUUCAUUGAUAAUGCUAGGGUUGAUAAGAUGGCAUUCAAUAAGGAAAACUUGAACGCUCUCGACGUCAUUAAAGCUAAUGAUGAUUUAAAAGAUAUGAUAUUUGUCGCAAAUGAUUUGAAAAGGAAUGGUGCAUCAUCAUGCCAUCGAAUUCUAAGCGAAAAUGAUAAUGAUGGCCAGAAAUUAAAGGAAAACAAAGGUGACGAAGACACUGAAACGAAUAAAAAUACAAGAGAUUCCCAUCUGAUAGUGGCUACACUCGUAGCAACUGUUACAUUCGCAGCAUGUGUCACCGUGCCUGGUGGUUAUUACCAAGCAUCAGAUCAGGGAAAUGCCAUGAGUAACGUAUCAAAGCAAAGUAAUGGACCAACUCCGGGUUAUGCAAGGCAUGAUGGGAAUAACAAAGUAAUUUAA